UGCACAGUCAGCAGCUGGUGAAUAUGAAGGCAUGUGUCAAGAGGCAAAACGGUGACAUCCAUUCCAUUCCAUUCCAUGUAAGUGAAUGCGAUCAGCCACUUCACCACACACACAAACACCCACAAACAUCUGUCUUCUCCCUCGCCCCUCAUCUCAGCGCCAUCCCACUGUUGAUGACACCGUCCGCCAGCUCGAAGUGGCUCAGCACGGCACGCCAGCGGGGCAUCGACUCCGGGAACCGGUCGGCCAGCGGCUGAAACAAAUUGCCAUUCUCAGGUCGCUCGGUCGUCAACAGACUGAUGUUGCGCCCACUCACCCAGAGAUGGGCAGCGACGGUCUCGUUGGGCCGGAAGCCGCUCACAAUCACGUCACGACGGUAUGCUGGGUUGGCGUGAUGCAGAUUGCCGUCGUCCAAGCGGUAGUCGACAGCGAUUCCCCCCUGCUGCUCGGUCAUGGGCUCAGUCAGCAGACGGAGAUAGCGGUCGUUAUUGUGGCUGAUGGCUUCACAUAGCACCCUCCUGUCGUACCCCCCCUCCUCACGGCACCACCGCUCGAGCAGCGUGCGCAGGAGGAACGACGAGAAGAAGGGGAAAAGCAAGUGGUCCGAUCGGAUGACCGGAUCGCUCCGCUUGUAGCAGCUGCGAUAGUCAUGGUCGUCUGGCAGCUCACCCAACGGCACCACACGGAACGACUCAUUGCCGAUCCGAUACGCCCCGUCGAUGCCUUGCUGCAGCGCCAGGUUGGUCCCCUGGUGUGUGAGGCUGUGGCCGAUGGUCUUGUAGAGGGCCAUGAUGAGCGGCAGCUGGUGGAAGGCUGUUGGGGAGGGCAGCGCAUUAGCCGACAGCCGCAGCGGCAGAGUGGCAUUGGGUGUGAGCCGAUGAAUGGCGGCCAGCCGAAUGAACCUCCCCAUCGCUCGCCACUCGCCGCCACUGCCCUGCUCCAGCACAUGCAACACCUUCAAGCCGUUCCGCAGAGCUCGACGCUUGGCUCGACGGCUUGCGCACUGAAACACGUCGAAAACCAGCACGUCCUCGAGCUCCAGACGACGGAUGACCACCUCUAUGCGCUGCUUGACGAGUGUGAGCAUCUCGUCCACUAUGGCGCGAUUGCUGUCGUCGAUCUGUGCACGGAGCUUGUUUCGUCUGGCGGGGUCGGGUGACAUGGCCAUGUCUGCCGCCUUGGUGAUGGCAAGGUCGCGCAGAGAGGGGACUGCCGGAGGGGCGGCGGGGGGCUGGGGAGUGGUGGGACGCAUCUGAUGCGAUGACGACGCCAUCGGUGAGUGAGAGAUCUGAAUGAAUCAAAAGUGGAAGGACACACAAACGAGUGAAUGGCAAUCAGUCAGACGAGAGCCAUGGGAGGGCGGGAUGCUCUGCUCACCUGAGACAGGCACUGUGACAGCAAAGAGGCGGGGGGAGCGAGCCGUGGUGAAUGAAUGACUCUGCAGACAGACAGCACAGGCGUCCUGCAGCACCCGCCAGACUGAUUGACACGCCGCUUUGCCUCACCGAUGUCAGUCGAUGCGAUGACGAGUGAGCCACCGACCGCCGCCAAUCGAUGGCCACCAGCACCUCAGAGUGAUGCCCUCGCCGAUGAGCGACGCAGCUCUGCUCAGACACACCAGCAGCAGCUGUGUGAAGCAUUGUCAGUCGUCCUUUGUUUCUCUCGCUGCCCUCUCACCUUCGAUGAGCGAACAAAAGCC